CGGGUACCAGCCCGGCGACGAGGUGCAGUGAGCUCAGCAGCGCCUUCCAGUCCAGCCCAGGAAAGGGCUGAGCCGGAGCCCUGCCGCCCCGGCUCGGGGGGAGUGAGCCGGGGAGCCCCAUGCACACAGACUGCCCAGGCAGUAGCCAUGCACUCAGGCGUGGAGUUAAAGAGAGCCAUCUCUGCCAGCAUGGAGACAGAGAAACCAAUGAGACGCUACGGGGCAGUGGAGGAGACUGAGUGGAAAGCUGAGGGGCUGGGGAGAAAUCAACUUGACAUCAUCUCAAUGGCUGAAACAACAAUGAUGCCUGAGGAAAUUGAAUUGGAGAUGGCAAAGAUCCAGAGGCUUCGGGAAGUCUUAGUCAGAAGAGAAUCAGAGCUCAGGUUUAUGAUGGAUGACAUCCAGCUGUGCAAGGACAUCAUGAACCUUAAACAGGAGCUGCAGAAUUUAGUAGCAAUUCCAGAAAAAGAAAAAACAAAAAUGCAGAAACAAAGAGAGGACGAAUUGAUUCAGAAGAUCCAUAAACUGGUGCAAAAAAGAGAUUUUCUUGUAGAUGAUGCAGAGGUGGAGAGAUUAAGAGAGCAAGAGGAAGACAAGGAGAUGGCUGAAUUCCUGCGGAUCAAAUUAAAACCCUUAGACAAAGUAACACGAUCGCCUGCCAGUACCCCAGCAGAAAAGAAGGCAGAACCUCCUCCAAGCAAGCCCACCGUCGCCAAAGCAGGAAUAGCUAUUAUUAAAGAUUGUUGUGGGGCCACGCAAUGCAACAUCAUGUAGCUCCAGUCUCUCUACCAAUUCUGUCUUUUUUUCAAAUGUUUUCAUUGGAUAAAACAGUAGGGUGAAAGGAUUUUAAAGCAUCCUGAUAUUUGAAUCAAGAAAUACUGUAAACAUUACAGUAAUGUACUGAAUGUACCAAUGGUGAAUCCUUCACUGUUGCAUGGAUCACUCAAUGCGCAUGCUUAAAAUAAAGGAAUAUAUAUAUAGCAGCUGUCCAAUGACCAGAACAGAUAGGUAAAAAUAGCUGAAAAGACAAAUACAACUCUGUGGCAAAAGUGAAUUAGAAAAGUGUAUAUUUUACCAAAUAAUGUUUAAAAUAGCGGUUUUAAAAAUUCAGCACUUUGUAGGAUUUGUUAUACACCUUUUUUCCCUUGGCAAAUUUCAUUCAAACACAUGCCAAGG